AUGGUCUCGUUUCCCUCGCUGCCAGCCGUCAUCACGGCGCCGGCGACCCGCGCCGUCGAGGCAGCCCGAGGCACCAUUGGCGGCUUUACAUGGAAGCCGGCGCUGGCCAUCGCGCGUCCGACGCUGCUCUCCAUUCUGUCCAACAUUGAAAUCGGCACCCUUCUCCUGGUCGACGAGCCGGCUGGCACCCGCCACGUCUUUGGCCAGAAGCUCGACAACACGGCGGAUCUGUCCAAUGUCGAGGCGAGCGCAACUCGCCGCGCCACAAAGGUGCCUCGGGUCGAGGUGGUGGUCAAGAACGACGCGUUCUGGAUGCGCCUGUUUCUGUUUGGCGACAUGGGAUUCUCCGAGGCUUACAUGCUCGGCGACUUUGAAUGCCAGGAUUUGACAGCUUUCUUCCAGCUCUUCAUCGUCAACAGAGAUCAGUUAGGAAACGGUGCGACUUGGAUUUCCAGCCUCUCAGCCGCGCUUUCAGCCGUAGCCCGUGCCAAUAAUGCCCUUGGCAACGCCCUUCUCAACAUUUCCGCCCACUACGACAUCAGCAACGAAAUGUUUGCCGCCUUUCUCUCCCCCGACAUGACUUAUUCCUGCGCCGUGUGGGACCGCCUCGAUGACAUCACCAAGACGGAUAGUAGGGAGUCGCUCGAGAGCGCACAGCUACGAAAGCUGCACCGCUUCAUCGACGGCUGCAAAAUAAAAGCCGACGACCAUGUCUUGGAAAUCGGCACCGGAUGGGGCUCCCUUGCCAUUGAGGCUGUCUCGAAGACGGGGUGCCGUGUUACUAGCCUGACGCUUUCCAAGGAGCAAAAGUCCCUUGCAGAAGACCGCAUAGAGGCGGCCGGCUUGCAAGACCGCAUCACGGUAUUACUGUGCGAUUACAGAGAGCUCGAGCUCCCCGAGGGAAAACGAUUCGACAAGAUCGUCUCAAUUGAGAUGCUGGAGGCUGUAGGAAGGGAAUACCUAGCGACGUACUUUGGCUGUAUUGACAGGCUGCUAAAAGAAGACGGCGGCGUAGCCAUGUUUCAGUGCAUUACAAUGCCAGAAGGCCGAGUUGACGCCUACGCCAAAUCGGAAGACUUUAUUUCGCAUUACAUUUUCCCCGGUGGCUAUCUCCCCUCUAUCACCGAGCUUCUCAACCACAUCACCACACAGUCCAAGGGCACGCUCAUCAUCGAAAACAUUGAAAACAUUGGCGGCCACUACGCGAGAACGUUGCGUCUGUGGCGCGAGCAAUUCAUGGGCACCUUUGAGAGCAAGAUCCGCCCCGCUCUUCUCAGGCAGCACCCCGACAUGACAAAGGAGGCUGUAAAUGUGUUCAAGAGAAAGUGGGAGUACUACUUUACCUACUGCGAAGCAGGGUUCCUCACAAAGACCCUUGGCGACGUCAUCAUCACUGUAGGACGCGAGCGAACACUCGAAUUCAUGGAAGGCAUCCCCUUGUAA